GACGUCCACGGCGUGCGCUCUGGCGAAGUUGACCAGAAACCCCGCGAAAAUCGACUCCUUUCGCCUUGCACAUUUUGGUGAUUUUUCCCAGUCUUUUUCUUUCUCUCCUCCUAUCCCGACUUUCUGGAGAGAGAAUUUAAAAAAACAAAACAAUAAAACAAACACUCUCAGGACCCGGAAGCGGAAAGGGCAUCUUUGAGGUCGAUACUUCCGGGUCAUUGGGAGAGUGCGGGAUUCCGGGGCCGAGAGCGGUUGGCGGAGCCGGGACCUCGCGUGAUUCUCGAAACCCGAGGAGAAGCGGUGUCCGGGGCUAUGGCUGUAACUCUGGACAAAGACGCUUAUUAUCGGCGGGUGAAGAGACUGUACAGCAAUUGGCGGAAAGGAGAAGAUGAGUAUGCCAAUGUUGAUGCCAUUGUUGUAUCAGUGGGUGUUGAUGAAGAAAUUGUUUAUGCCAAGUCAACUGCCUUGCAGACAUGGCUCUUCGGUUAUGAGCUAACUGAUACUAUCAUGGUCUUCUGUGAUGACAAAAUCAUCUUUAUGGCCAGCAAGAAAAAAGUGGAGUUCUUGAAACAGAUUGCCAACACUAAGGGCAAUGAGAACGCUAAUGGAGCCCCUGCCAUCACACUGCUAAUACGAGAAAAGAAUGAAAGUAAUAAGAGCAGCUUUGACAAAAUGAUAGAAGCCAUUAAAGAAAGCAAGAAUGGCAAGAAGAUUGGAGUGUUCAGCAAAGACAAAUUCCCUGGAGAGUUCAUGAAGAGCUGGAAUGACUGCCUGAACAAAGAGGGCUUUGACAAAAUAGAUAUCAGUGCAGUUGUGGCAUAUACCAUUGCUGUAAAGGAGGAUGGGGAGCUCAACCUCAUGAAAAAAGCAGCCAGCAUCACCUCUGAGGUCUUCAACAAAUUCUUCAAGGAAAGAGUCAUGGAAAUAGUUGAUGCAGAUGAGAAAGUUCGACACAGCAAACUGGCUGAGUCUGUGGAAAAGGCCAUUGAAGAGAAAAAGUACUUAGCUGGGGCAGAUCCUUCUACUGUGGAAAUGUGUUACCCUCCUAUUAUUCAGAGUGGUGGCAACUAUAAUCUCAAGUUUAGUGUGGUGAGUGACAAGAAUCAUAUGCAUUUUGGGGCCAUCACUUGUGCCAUGGGUAUUCGCUUCAAAUCUUACUGCUCCAACCUUGUUCGCACCUUGAUGGUUGACCCUUCUCAGGAAGUUCAAGAUAAUUACAACUUUUUACUCCAGCUUCAAGAGGAGCUGCUAAAGGAAUUAAGACAUGGUGUGAAGAUAUGUGACGUGUAUAAUGCUGUCAUGGACGUGGUUAAGAAGCAGAAACCAGAGUUGCUGAACAAAAUUACCAAAAACCUAGGGUUUGGAAUGGGAAUUGAAUUUCGUGAAGGUUCUCUAGUAAUCAAUAGUAAAAAUCAGUACAAACUGAAAAAAGGAAUGGUUUUCAGCAUCAAUUUGGGAUUCUCAGACCUGACUAAUAAGGAGGGAAAGAAACCAGAAGAGAAAACCUAUGCUCUGUUCAUUGGUGAUACAGUACUUGUUGAUGAGGAUGGCCCAGCCACCGUUCUUACUUCUGUGAAGAAGAAAGUGAAGAAUGUGGGGAUUUUUCUGAAGAAUGAAGAUGAGGAAGAAGAGGAGGAGGAGAAGGAUGAGGCAGAGGACCUUUUAGGAAGGGGUUCUCGAGCAGCAUUACUUACAGAAAGAACGCGAAAUGAGAUGACGGCUGAGGAGAAGCGAAGAGCACAUCAAAAAGAACUGGCAGCACAACUCAAUGAAGAAGCAAAGAGGCGAUUGACUGAGCAGAAAGGAGAACAGCAGAUUCAGAAAGCUCGCAAAUCUAAUGUGUCCUAUAAAAACCCAUCUUUGAUGCCUAAGGAACCUCAUAUUCGGGAAAUGAAGAUCUACAUUGAUAAGAAAUAUGAGACUGUAAUAAUGCCAGUAUUUGGCAUUGCCACACCUUUUCACAUUGCCACAAUCAAGAAUAUAAGUAUGUCUGUGGAAGGAGAUUAUACCUACUUGCGAAUCAACUUUUAUUGCCCAGGCAGCGCUCUGGGCAGAAAUGAGGGCAACAUCUUUCCUAACCCUGAAGCUACCUUUGUCAAAGAAAUUACAUAUCGAGCUUCAAAUAUGAAAGCACCCGGAGAACAGACAGUACCAGCACUGAAUCUUCAGAACGCUUUCCGAAUUAUAAAAGAAGUACAGAAGCGUUAUAAGACUCGAGAAGCAGAAGAGAAAGAGAAGGAGGGCAUAGUGAAACAAGACUCCCUGGUGAUCAAUCUAAACCGGAGUAAUCCCAAACUAAAAGAUCUGUACAUUCGCCCAAACAUUGCCCAGAAAAGAAUGCAAGGCUCACUGGAGGCCCAUGUCAAUGGUUUCCGCUUCACAUCUGUUCGAGGAGACAAAGUGGAUAUUCUGUACAAUAAUAUCAAACAUGCAUUGUUCCAGCCCUGUGAUGGAGAAAUGAUUAUUGUCUUGCACUUUCACCUCAAGAAUGCCAUCAUGUUUGGGAAGAAGCGACACACAGAUGUGCAGUUCUACACAGAAGUGGGAGAGAUCACCACAGACCUGGGGAAACAUCAGCAUAUGCAUGACCGAGAUGACCUCUAUGCUGAGCAGAUGGAACGAGAAAUGAGGCACAAACUGAAAACAGCUUUUAAAAAUUUCAUUGAGAAAGUAGAGGCUCUAACAAAGGAGGAACUGGAAUUUGAAGUGCCUUUUAGAGACUUGGGAUUUAAUGGAGCUCCUUAUCGGAGUACCUGCCUCCUUCAGCCCACUAGCAGUGCGCUGGUAAAUGCUACAGAAUGGCCCCCUUUUGUGGUGACAUUGGAUGAAGUGGAGCUGAUCCACUUUGAACGGGUCCAGUUUCAUUUGAAGAACUUUGAUAUGGUAAUUGUCUAUAAGGAUUAUAGCAAGAAAGUGACAAUGAUCAAUGCCAUUCCUGUAGCCUCUCUGGAUCCCAUCAAGGAAUGGUUGAAUUCCUGUGACCUGAAGUACACAGAAGGAGUACAGUCCCUGAACUGGACUAAAAUCAUGAAGACCAUUGUUGAUGACCCUGAGGGCUUCUUUGAACAAGGCGGCUGGUCUUUCCUGGAGCCAGAGGGUGAGGGGAGCGACGCUGAGGAAGGGGAUUCCGAGUCUGAAAUCGAAGACGAGACUUUUAACCCCUCAGAGGAUGACUAUGAGGAGGAGGAGGAGGACAGUGACGAAGAUUACUCAUCGGAAGCAGAAGAAUCAGACUAUUCCAAGGAAUCAUUGGGCAGUGAAGAAGAGAGUGGAAAGGAUUGGGAUGAACUGGAGGAAGAAGCUCGGAAAGCGGAUCGGGAGAGUCGUUAUGAGGAAGAAGAAGAGCAGAGUCGAAGUAUGAGCCGGAAGAGGAAGGCAUCUGUACACAGUUCAGGCCGUGGCUCCAACCGUGGUUCCAGACACAGCUCUGCGCCCCCCAAGAAAAAGAGGAAGUAAAUUCUGAACUUUGGCUCUCACCUCCGUUUUUCCUUCAGCCAACCCCUGAAAAUUUUACAUGACGUAGAAACUGUA